AUGCCGGGUCUGCCCCAUGCGGGGGCCCCGCAGGGAGGCCUGCCUGCGGAGUAUUGGAAUUCCCUGGACUCCAUGUACCCAGAUCCCCAGCUGCAACCUCAGGCGCCGCCACAGCAGGAUCCGUCUGUGCAGCAAGCGCCGAUGGGAAUUACUUGGGAUCACGUAUUUCAGCAGCAGCAACAACGAGCCCAGCAGCAACGGAACCCCCUCGCACCUCAGUCGGACCCCAACCACGGCAUCUACUCUUCAAUCUCUCCUCCUUCUUGGCAGUCGAACCCGCUCCAGACCCCUGGUCGGUAUGCCGUUUCUUCUCAAUAUCAAUCACAUCAGCAGGCCCCGCAGUUCCAGCAAGGCCAGAUGACAUUCGACUCCCGCUCCCUCACUCCAUCCGAGAGCUCGGCGUUCCCCUCUUACUCGUAUCAGCCGAACUACUUCCACCCGCAACAACUUCAUUUGCACGAUUCCUUCCCGUCUCGUACCGCUCAACCGCCACAGCAACAUCAGCCAGUGGAGUUUGCUGCUGCAUCGCAAUCCUCAAUCCCUCAAUUCUCGAUGCCCUCGGGCUAUCCUUCCGAUCUCUUGUCUAAUUCAAAUACCAUCGAUCUCACCACGGACUUUCCCAAUCCUGAAUCGGGGGUCUCCCAUCAAACGAUCGAUCCUUCCUUCCUCAAUGAGUAUGCACGAUCCUCAAAUCAACCUCCACCCCUCACCAGCCACUUUCCAUAUGGCGGCCCGGUGGAAUUUGAACGACCGGAGGGUCUAUUCAAUUACUUUCAGAACGAGCUUUCUGUUCAGCCCCAACUCGGUGCAGCUCCCAAUGCUGGAGUCCCCCCAACCAGUGGGCUUGCUCCGAGACCUGCCGGAUUCCCUCAACACCCGAUCCUUGCCCCCGCCCCCAAGAAGGCUUCCGCCAAAAAGCCAACAGCAACCAGAAAGGUGGGAACCAAGGGACAGAGGAAGGUCAAGGCACAGUCGGACAGCGGGAGUUCCGAUGAGUCUGAACUAGAAGUUGAACCGGAACCGUCUCCGCUCCCUCCUGUCCGCUCAAGCGAACCUCUUGAAGCGGCUCACUACGACACCAUUCAAGCGGUGUGGUCUCCACGUAACCUACGCGUCCCCGCCGAGAAAGUUAAGAGCUCUUUGGUCGCCUUCAAAGAUGUCGUCAAAGGGCUUCGCGAUGCCUGGAAGGACCAGGUCCAAGCAAUGAAAACCGCAGAGAACCAAGGAGACAACGAGCAAGCAACCAAUCUCAAGCAGUCAGUGGCCUUCCAGCGUCGCCUCAUGGAGAAGAUUGUCACGACCACUUUAGAAACGGGCCACCCCGUUAUUGUCGAGAAGCUUGGUGAGCAUCCCGUUACGCUGUCGGUGUUCUACUCGUUCUUGGCCGAUCGCUUCCAAGCGGCCGAUUUGGAAGGAUCGCUGACGUCGAACUUGCUGAAGCUCCUCGUACGAUUUGUGACGGUAGAUGAGGAGUUAGUGCAGAAAACAAACAUGUCCAAGCUGCUUCCGCGGUUCAUCAAGAAAGGAACUCCUGCCGUUCAGGGUCUUGCGCAGACCAUCCUAGAAAAUGCCGCUGCCUCUACCAAACGGAAGCAGAGCAAUGCAAAGUCGGGCAAAGAGGAGUCGCCUGCCAAGGGAGACUCGCCGUCGGCGGAGAUCGCUGGAUCUAAACGUCCGCGCGACGGUGAAGGCAAUAACCAUCCUGCAACGAAGCGGAUGGUUGUCACGUCAAACCCCAAGGACUCGACGAAGGCAACAUCUGCCACCAACGGUCCCAUCAAGCGUGUUGCCGAGAGUGUCCAGAACGGCAAAGCUACCACUGCACCAGCCCCUCGCCCCAAGGCAAAUAUAAUCGCUCCAAAACCAACCAGUCUCUUUGGUGCCCUGAGUUCAGCAUCGAAAAGACCUGGCACCACAAACGCCGAGAGAAAGGCUGCCGCAGCGGCCGCAAAGCCAAUACCCGAAAUCAAGGAGAAACCGGCUGCACCCCCUUCCAAGCCUGCCUUUUCGUUUGAUGCCAUCAUGGCCGACCUCAGCAAACCAAAGGAGGCCGUCGUCGCCAAGCCUGCUGAGGACGCGCCACCCGAGACGGACGAGGAGCGCCAGAAGCGACUGCGCAAGGAGGCACGGCGCAAGCUGCGUGUCACCUGGAAGCCGGACGAUUCUUUGACUGAGGUCCGGCUGUUCACACAUGAUCCUGAUGAAGAGCUUGGCCCCGGAGAUGGAUCCAUGCGUGGCGCGGGCGACGUCAAGGGAGAAGGCAGUGUGCUCAAACUCCACAAGGACCUCGAAGAGCUGGAGGAAGAUGACCUCGGUGGCAUUCGGGAGACUACUCUCAAUGACUAUACGGGUUUAUCUGAAAUCCUUAUUGACUCUGGAGAGAUGAAGAACGCCAAUUUCAUCAAACGUGGCGGUAGCCAGCAACCCGUUAGCACGGAAAAGCUAGCUCAGGAUCAUCGGGAGUCGACUACGCUCAUGGUGUUCUACACUUCUCCUGCUGACGUCCCACCGACUCCCAAGGAGCCCCUUGCUGUUGACUCUGAUGAGACCGUUCCUGAAGUAGUUCCCUUCGGAGAUAUCCCCGAUCAUGUCAAGGCUCGACAGGAGCGUUACUUUGAUUACAUCAAUCCUAAGCCCGCUCCCGCUCCGGCGCAAGCGAGCGCUGCGAGCGCCGGUGGGUUUGAUAUCUCCAACUUGCUCAAACUUAUCAAGACCGGGACCCAGCAGCAGCAGUCUACGCCCCCUCCUCAGCCCCCUCAGCCAGCUCCCCAGCAGGCUCCCAUGUUAGACCUUGAGCGGACCAUCGGCAUGUUCCGCCAGCAAAAUGCUCAGCCGCAAGUUCCUCCGGUUUCACAGAUACCUGCGACACAGCCGCCUGUCGCGCAGAGUGCUGUUGAUUUCCAGAAAAUCUUAAGCGUUAUGCAACAGAUGCAGCAAGGGACUGGCUUCCCCCAACCACAGCAGACGCAGCCGCAGCCCAUUUUGCCGCCGAAUUUCGGCGCCAUGUUCUCGCAAUAUUCCGGCCAACCCCAGCAAAGUGGCCCACCUACCCAGAGUUCCGAGGAUCCCGAACGCAAGCGAACGCGCGAGGGUGGUCAAUUCGACGACCAAUACGAUAGCCAGUGGAGCCGCGGGAAGCGGACCAAGGCUAGUGACCCCAAGCCUUACAAGGUUGGGCUGGUUGCCUGCAGGUUCUGGAAAGAAGGCAAGUGCAGAAAAGGUGACAACUGCACAUUCCGGCACGACGACUAG